AUGGCUUGCUCAGAGUCGGGCUUCACCUGCAACACCCAGCAGCCCGGCUGCAACAGCGUGUGCUACGACCAGUUCUUCCCCAUCUCCCACAUCCGCCUCUGGGCUCUGCAGCUCAUCCUGGUGUCCACGCCGGCCCUGCUGGUGGCCAUGCACAUCGCUCACCGCCGGCACAUCGAGAAGAAGAUCCUCAAGAUCUCCGGCCGAGGGAGCGCCAAGGACUUCGAGAACAUCAAGAGCCAGAAAUUCAAGAUCACGGGUGCUCUGUGGUGGACUUACAUGAUCAGCAUCAUCUUCCGCAUCGUUUUCGAGAUGGUUUUCUUGUACAUUUUUUACUUGAUCUAUCCGGACAUCAAGAUGGUGCGUCUUGUGAAGUGUGACUCUUACCCCUGUCCCAAUACAGUGGACUGUUUCGUGUCGCGUCCCACAGAGAAGACCGUCUUCACUGUCUUCAUGCUGGCCGUGUCUGGAGUCUGUGUCUUGCUGAACAUUGCAGAGGUUGUGUAUUUAAUAGGUCGGGCGUGUAUGAAAUAUUUUCAAGGAGCAGUAGGUGAACCCAAAGCACCUUGGCUCACUCAAAAACUGGCAACCUACAAGCAGAACGAAAUAAAUCAGCUGAUCUCAGAGCAUUCGUUCAAGCCGAGAUUCAACGUUGGGCGAAAGCCUCCCGCGGAUAAGAGCGAACGCUGCUCUGCUUUCUAGACAGAGGUUUCUACCAACUAUCAGUC